GGCAUCUGUCUGUCCACAGCUAAAUGCUGCCACAGGAUUCUGUUCGCGAGCCAGUGCGCCGACCAGUGAUGCGACGAUAGAAGAGAGGGCAAAUGAUUCAGAUCCAGAACUUGCUGAUCGAUUCCCUGCUGGGGACCAAGCACGUGGAGAACGCGGCCAUCGUCAAACUCCGGGACCAGUGUGUGUGGGUCACCUCCCCCGGUUUUAACGUGACCUCCAGGGAUGCUCUCGCGCUCAUUAAUGCCGUCACGUCCAAGUCAGCGCAGGUACGACGGGAAGGGCUCUACUUCAGAGGGAAGGACUAUAAAUGCGUCCGAGCGGAUGAGUAUUCCCUCUACGCCAGAAGGGAUAACGAAGGUGUGGUGGUCGCAAAAACAGACAAGUACCUUGUGGUGGGUACUUACAACCAGUUCAUGUAUCCCAGCGUCUGUGUGGAGGCCGUGGAGAAAUUGGAAACGAUGCUAGCUGUGCACUUUGACCAACCGGGAGGGCCAGAAAAUCUUUAUUUGAAAACAGUGGCCAAACCGUCUCCAGGAGAAGGUGAAAUCCUCGUUAAGGUUCACGCCAGUGCGCUGAACAGGGCGGACUUACUCCAGAGAAAGGGCCAGUAUCCUCCACCCGAAGGAGCCAGUGAAAUUUUGGGACUGGAAGCGUCCGGCCUCGUGGCUGAAGUGGGGCCCGGUUGCGGGGGGCGAUGGAAGCCAGGCGAUGGGGUGAUGGCCCUCCUGGCCGGAGGGGGCCAGGCCCAGUACGUCCCGGUGCCGGAGGGCCUGCUCAUGCCCAUCCCCGGCGGCCUGUCGUUCUCUGAGGCGGCGGCCAUCCCGGAGGCCUGGCUCACGGCCUUCCAACUGCUGCAUCUCUUAGGCGGAGUGAAGGUCGGCGAGACGGUGCUCAUCCACGCGGGGAGCAGCGGGGUCGGCACGGCCGCCGUCCAGCUGAGCCGCCUGGCCGGAGCGGUCCCCCUGGUCACGAGCGGCUCGCCCGAGAAAGUCCAGUCGGCCAAGAAACUUGGAGCCGCUGCUGGGUUUAAUUACAAGGAGGAGGACUUUGCCCGGGGGGUCCUGAACUUCACCAAAGGGGCCGGGGUCAACGUUAUCCUGGACUGCGUCGGUGGAUCCUACUGGGAAAAGAACCUCAGCUGCCUGGCGACUGACGGUCGGUGGAUCUUGUACGGGCUGCUCGGAGGAGGAGAGGUCCAGGGGCAGCUGCUUUCCAAACUACUCCGUAAACGGGGAAGGCUCAUCGCCAGUGUGCUGCGAGCCCGGGACAAGAAGUAUAAAGAGGAAUUGGUGAGAGCCUUCACGGAGCGCAUCCUGCCGCAUUUCUCCCCACCUGGAGAAAGCCCUCACCACCUGGUCCCGCUCAUUGAUAGCGUUUUCCCACUGGAAAAGGUCGCGGACGCGCACAGACACAUGGAGGACAACAGGAACCUCGGCAAAAUCGUCUUGGAAAUGCCUCUACUACCCUGAGGUGGGGAAAAGAUGCAACACCAAGCUCAGGUGGGGUAAUUAAUCUCAAGGGAGGGGAGAUGGUUUGGUUUUAUAAGCUCUGAAAAAUAAAAGCCACCGUAUUCAGUCA